ACCUCUUCUUGUUCUCUUCUGUUAAUGGCGGGCGGCGGCUGCUGAGCGGGACGCUGAUAACCGCUGCCCAUACAGGGAGAGUGUCCCCUGCCUUCCCUUUUCUUUUCGCCGCUAGUACCGGAGGUUACCAGUAUGUCUGUGGUACCGCCCAAUCGCUCUCAGACCGGCUGGCCCCGAGGGGUCAACCAGUUCGGUAACAAGUACAUCCAGCAGACCAAGCCCCUCACCUUGGAGCGCACCAUCAAUCUAUACCCUCUUACCAAUUAUACUUUUGGUACAAAGGAGCCUCUCUAUGAGAAGGACAGCUCUGUUGCAGCCAGAUUUCAGCGCAUGAGGGAGGAGUUUGAUAAAAUUGGAAUGAGGAGGACUGUAGAAGGGGUUCUGAUUGUACAUGAGCACCGGCUACCCCAUGUGUUACUGCUGCAGCUGGGAACAACUUUCUUCAAAUUACCUGGUGGUGAACUUAACCCAGGAGAAGAUGAAGUCGAAGGACUAAAACGCUUAAUGACAGAGAUACUGGGCCGUCAAGAUGGAGUCCUGCAAGACUGGGUCAUUGAUGACUGCAUUGGUAACUGGUGGAGACCAAAUUUUGAACCUCCCCAGUAUCCAUAUAUUCCUGCACAUAUUACAAAACCUAAGGAACAUAAGAAAUUGUUUCUGGUUCAACUUCAAGAGAAAGCCUUGUUUGCAGUCCCUAAAAAUUACAAGCUGGUAGCUGCACCAUUGUUUGAAUUGUAUGACAAUGCACCAGGAUACGGACCCAUCAUUUCUAGUCUCCCUCAGUUGUUGAGCAGGUUCAAUUUUAUAUACAACUGAAUUCCUAUGCAAUGGAGAAGUAAAAGAAGCCGUCUCUGUGAGCACAGUUAUCCACAGUAUAGAAGAAUAAAUGUGGUAGAAAAGUUUUUUGGUUUAAUCUCUUUCCCAAUCCCUAAAUUGCCACCUACUUUCUAUUGUUUGAAUAGUAAAGUUAAUAUGAAGAACAAGAUAGUGGUGUAAACAAAUGUGAUAACAUUUAUUUACUCUUCGUUCUACUACUUUUUGUACAACAUUAAAGAAAAUGGACUUCUAUUUGUAUUUUUUUUUUUUUUAAUUUCUCAUUAAACUUUUAAAAUUCUUAUAGGUGAGGAUUGUUUUUUUUCCUCCCUCUUGGGCUGGUGAAUGUUAAGACAAUGGCAGGUUUAAGUUAGUAAGGUUUAUGGAACCCUUUCUCCAAAACCAUUCUUGGGAACAUACUCCAAUACUGUGUAUAGAUCUUUGUGAUGAGGAUCUUUCAUUUCUUUUGGAACUAUAUUUGUGUGAUUGAGUUCAAGGUGUAACUCCUGUACCAAAUUUUACACUCUAAUGAGUUAUAUGAGGGUACUUCAGAAAGUUCAAGGACAGGUUUGUAUUAUCUUUUUAUUUUUCCUUGAACUAUUUGAAGUACCCUUGUAUUAUAGAGAACUUCCAGUAUAUUAACUGACCAGUACAUUUUAUAACCAUCCAGGCCUUAGUUCACAAGCAACAGAACUUAAACAUCUGGGAAACUAUUCAAAUUGGCGAGGUCAGCAAAGUCAAGGGAGUUGGUGUAAAAAGAGAAAAUUGAGAGCACAUUUAGAGUUUUUUUCUUCACAUAAUGGGGAUAUUAAUUAUUUGUGUUGUGACUUAGAGCCAUGGUAUAAAUAGUGAUCUGUGCGGGAAAUUUUUAAAAGUGGCUGGAUUAGGUUUUGUACUCUUAGAUUGCAAAAUUAUUUUAAUUAUCUUGAAGUUAUAUGCACAUAGAUGUAUAUUUGGUUUUAACAAGUGACAAAGCUUUUCAAAAAUAUUUUGGAAUAAUCUGAAUCAACUGAAAUCUAGAAACAGGGUAGGGGAUGAAUUUGCCAGCCUAAGAGAAAACUUCCCAAUUUAAAAAAACUUUUUAAAACACUGCCAAAUUAGGAUCAAAUUUGGGGAAAUAAAAAGAAAUUUAGGGCAUACACGUUUGCUUAAUGGUCAAAGUAUAUUGUGUAUGCCUUACUACAGACUUGUUGAAUGUGGGCUUAAUGUAAAAGAAAUCUUGCAAGAUGUAGCUACUUAAAGAAAAAAGAUUGGAGUAGUAAAAUUUUUCAUAGAUAAACAGAAAUGAACUUUUGAUUAAUUGUCACAUUUUUAUGGUACCAAUCACAGCACUAGUCUCUGUAAUAUUGAGUGAUAUCAAAGGUAUGUUAUAUAUUCUUCUCUAUUUGAACUUGAGAAAAUCAGGCCAGGAGUGGCUGAGCAAUUAUAUUUAUAAACAUUCAAUUUUAUUUAGUUGAGGUCAUGUCAAACCUUCAUGUAGUUGUGAAGUAGUGACUAUAACAGUACCUAUGCUUAGUAGCAGAUGAGCACCAGCCUCCAUGACCAACAACGACCAGUGAUUUCAUUUGAAAAAGCCACUAGUUCUGUAAAUAAUCCUCUUCCCUCAAGAGCUAACAGUUCUGCCCCUUUGGUUUACGUGAGCAUAUUUCUAAUUUAGUAUGGUUCUACUGGUAAACUCACUGAUUAGCUGAGUCCUUCAGUUUAUCCUUCAGAUUAGGGAUCAAGUCCUUCAGAUUACAGAAGGCAGAGAUAGAGACACGUUGAUCCAGCUCACCUUCCAUGAUUGCUUCUGGCAUCUGAGUGAAAAGCUAUGGCAACCACAUUUCAAAUGUUAGCUCUUGCAAUUUGGGGAGGGUGGAAAGAGGUGGACUUUUUUUGGUGUGAUUUAUAAAGUGCUGUCAGUAAGGAGUGUUUGAGUUGAAGAGUCAUUCAGGUCACUUUUGUCCUUUGUAACUUAAUCUUUGACCUAAAAAUUCUUUCUGUGUCCUUUUUUCCCAAUGUAAGUGCUUAAGUCAGUCAUACUAUGGCCUUGGUGAGUAAAACGUUUGAUUCAGGUUGGUUGGGUUACUAACAUUGGGAUGUAAGAAAUCUGGUUUGAAUGUAAAAAUUUAUAUAACACACAAGCAAAUUUUUUGGGUUUUUUUUGGCAGCUGGCCUGUAUGGGGAUCCAAACCCUUGAUGUUGGUGUUAUAACACCACACUAACCAAAUGAGCUAACCAGCCGGCCCUCAAACAAGUUUUAAAAACUUAUUGGUUUGAUCAGUUACGGGUGGAUCCUAGUAUUCUGUUUUAGGUUUCCUGGUGGAAAUAGUAGAACUAGGGGUAUUCAAAUCUGGUAUGUUCUUAGAGUAUUAGAAGAAGGUACAAGGACACUUCAACACUAAGCUCUUUUGAUAUGUAAGUUACUGAUCAUACUUCUUCAAGAACUAACAAUCUUAAAUAGUGCAUUCCAAUUAUCUACAUACUAAAUACUGAACAGUUUUAGCACAGCCUUUAUAACACCAAGGUCAUGAGUUCAGGUCCCUGUACUGGCCAGCUGCCUUUCCCCAACCUAUCCCCAAAUGAAUAGUUUUAAAAUGAGCUGUUGAUCAACAGACCUAUAUUUCUGAGUGCCUACUGUGUUCCAGGUUUGUCUACAGAUGAAAGCCCUCUUUUGCAUUAUGUAACUACAAUAUAUGCCAUCUUAUUUUCCCUGAGUAACCCAAGUAGUGCAUAUUUUAUAUAAAACUAAGUGGCACUGGAAAAUGUUUAAUAGAUUAGAGGAAAAAGCUAAAAAGUUUUACCCAAUUGUUUGAAAUCAUAUUUAGGAUUGACAUCCCUUUAGAGAAAAGUGGAAUUUUCUUUUUUCCCCCUAAGUGAUGAAGACCUUUGUGAUUUUUAAAAAAUAGAGAACUAUCAUAAUGCCAUUUUAUCUAUGUGAAAUUGUACUGUUAAUAGCAUAAUUCUUAUCAUUGUGUUACCUUGUAAUUAGCAUUCAGUUAUUAUUUUGGAUAUUUAAGUGUUCCAUUAAGUUAGCAUUGUUUUUGGACAAAAUGUGGCCAAAUUAGAAAGUCUAUUUUCUUUCAUGUUUAAUUAGAACUGAGAGGUAGCCGUCCUUCCAAUUCAUCAGUCUAUCAAAAAGUCAGCUUAAAAUUCCCAUAAAUGAUGUGAUUUUAUGCUUCAGCUUUUUAAUGACUAUUUUUUUUAGAGUACCUGCUCAGUCACUUGAGAUAAAAUGCUUGGAGUAGCUCUUCCAUAUUUGAGUUCCACAAACUUAACGUUUUUACAAGUGUUUGGAACAGUAUGUGCUAACAGUAAGAUUGCGUCAGAGUUUGCAAUUUUGUAUGUUGUAUUGCCGAAGAAGGCUUAGUGUUUUUUGACUGAUUAAUACAAGUCAGCUUCUGUAGCAUAAGAUUUGAUUUUCUCAUACUUAUCCCUGUUGUUUUACAUCACUUACUUGAGUUAAAUUGGACUCAUUUCAAGUAGUUUGCCCUUGUUUAAAUAUGUGAUGAGAAACAAUACUAUAAGUUGACUUGAACCAUAAACACAUUUUAAUAUUAGCUUGUAUUAUGUUUAUUAAGCUUGUUUUUGUGAAAAAACUUAACUGAAACCUAGAUAAGUCUAGAUUAAGCCAGUUUAGGUGUGUUUUGUAUUUUAGUGAUGGAUUGUAUCUUAAAAAUAGAGAUAAGUUGGGAAAAUAUAAUGAGUAUGCUGUUCUGUUAAGGGAAAGAUCAAUGUAUUUAAAAACUUAAACUUUUGGUUACAGUGUUCACAUAGUGUAUGAGCAUCAUUUAUAAUUUGGCUUUGAGAACUUUGGUAUUGUUUGUA